AUGUGUUACGUGGGUAAAGCAACAAAGAUCUUCAUCUUCAUUGUUACUGCUUUGGUUGUUACCGGUCUGAUCUUAGGAUUUGGUCUCUUACGCCACCGUCACAGUAACAACAACAACACUAAAUGCUCAGAUGAAUCUUGCAGUUCUUCUUCUGGGAAUUUCCCGACACCCAAUUUCAAUUCUCCUCCUUAUUCUCCGGAAAAUCCCAUUUCUCCACCAGCUCCUCCAGCACAAUCAGAAUCACCACCGGUAACAAAUCCAACACCUCCUCCUCCGUCGCCUGAUUCCAGCUCCAGCUCCAAUACACCUCCUCCUCCUCCGCCUGAUUCUAGCUCUAACACUCCUCCUCCUCCUCCAACGCCGCCAUUGAUGCAGUCUCCGCCGCCACCUCCGCCGCAGAGUGUGGCGGAGCCGCCCACACCUACUAUGCCUGGUUCGGCGUUAGUGAGUCCAGGUCCUGUACAUGCUAUUUUCUAG